UUGGAUGAGGCCCUGGGAAACCUGAUCCAGUGGGUGGCGUCCCUGCCCAUGGCAGGGGAGUUGGUACAGGAUGAUCUUUAAGGUCUCUUCCAACCCAAGCUGUUCUAUGAUUCUAUGAAAAUAGAUUAAAGCCUAGAGACAGCUUUCCAAAAGCAUUUAAUUAUCUUGUGAUGAAAAAAGGCACCCAAUGUCUUCCAUUUAUGUCACUCAUUUAUGUGAUUACAGGUAUGCCACUUGUACUUAGCUGCCUGGAUGCUUUUUAAGAAAUUCUCUUCCAGGCCCAUUCCCUUAAAAAAUUUGACUGCUAAUACCAUAGCUACAGGAAAUGUUUAUUUGACCAACAAUUUCCAAGGUGAAAUUUAUGAAAAUCUUGUGUAUAUUUUCUCUUUUUCUCAGGUAAAAAAAAAAAAAAAAAAAGUUUAGGUAAAAACAAAUACAAUAAAAUUUGAUUUAUUUUAUCAGAUCUUGGUUUUCCAAAAAGUGUUUCAAAGUACACCUGACAUUACAGUUGCCAUUUAUUAAUUUGUUUUUCUAGUUAAAAGGUACUUUUUUUACUUAUAUACAACUUCUGUGUUUGAGUUUGAAAUUGAAACAGUCCUAUAAAACUAUGAUUAACAGUACUGAAAGACAAAGAUUUUUUUCCUCUGUUAAGAUAAUUUUGUUACUCAAAUCAAUUAGAGCAUACACUUGCUAUAAAGCAGCAGUUCCUUCUGUGUUUAAGAGUAGUUUUACAUGACUAACUUCAAAACAUUUCUUUGUUUUUCUACUACUAAUUCUAUGACCUCAUUGCCACGCAGCAAACGUAUUUAUUAUGCUGUGCAAAGGUUGCAGCCAACAGAGAUUUGUUACGUACAAAGUCCAGGUAUCUAGGAUCCUAGUAAUAAAAGCAUGGUAUUUCUUGCUGCUUCUUUAUAAUCCAAAUGGGCUCAGAAAAAAACAGCUUCUUUAUAACUUCUCUGAUAAGGACUGGGAUAAACAGGAGGUACAGGCAGACGCUGGUUUCAGGCUUGAGUUCAUUCACUUACUGACACUAGUUUUAACCUACAUGCACAAUACUGAUAAACACUGGUAGAGUCAGCACUAUUGAUAAGACUACUUGCUCCCUGUACAAAUACUGCACAGGUUUUGCAGUUGAAAAAAUUCACAGGAGUGCUUGUCAAAAGUUGUUUUUGGUUAAGAACCAACUACAGUGUACUUCAUCUACGGAGUCUGUCCUAUCUUAGCUCCUCCAAGUCCAUAUAGUAUACAGUACAAGGAGAUAGAGUUGUAGUCUCUUCAAUGAAAAUUAAUCUGGAACAUCAUAUCUAGGAUGGUUUCAUUGUUCUACCAUUAACUAGAGACCAUAAGUAUUCCUAUUACUUCAUUCUCCACUGGUCGAUUAGACUAUGAAAAGGAAAAAUACAGAGGAGGAAUUAUAUACAUUUAGUCAGGAAAGUGAGACAGUAAGUGAACAAGUAUACACUCAUCGACAGCUGUUUAUACUCAUGCUUCUGACUAAGACUGUAAAGAAAACAACUGACUUUUGUUCCACUCCCAGAUAAUAGUCUGAGUGUUACCAGGAAACAGUAGCAAUUUAUUCAAAAUCUCAUCAUUAUUGUGUCCAUUUUCAAUUUUCAGAGCUGUCACUGUGAUGCUAGCUAAUUGAUCCCAGGACCGCUAUAUUCCAUAGAAAAUAUCAACUACAAUGCAAGAACACUGACCUGUGGCAAAAAGCUGUAAAACCUGAAGAGUGGUGCAGAGCUGCUGUUAUAAAGGCUGAGGCUUCUAAGAAGUAUGUUCUGAAAGCAUAAGCAUAUCUGCUAUAGAAGACAAUGGAAUCUUUGGCUCCUUCACCAAACUUAGUUGAUAUGAAUCUGAAGAUCACUCAUAUAGAGUGCCAUCCAGAAUGCGUGGUCAUAGUAUUCAAGGGUCAGUGCAAGGUGGGGUGUGAACUUGACUACUACAUACUGCAAAAUGAAAUGCAGCGUGUAUUCAAAGUAAAAGAUAAGGUUGACAUUGGUGGAUCUUGUUUGGUGGAAGAUGCGGAAGGAAAAUGGCAUAGAGGAAAAGUUUUGGAAAAGAAAGAGAAUAUCUGUAAGGCCUUUCUUAUAGACACUGGACAGGUGCUAGUGGUUGAGGAAAUACAUAUUGCUUCUGCUGGUGAUGAUUUUUUUCAGCUUCCUCCAAAAGUAGUUUGGGGGAUUUUUGCUAACAUACUUCCUCUUGGAGAAAAAUGGGGUCCAAAAGCCAUAAACUAUUUUUCAUCACUGGUAGGAUUGCAGAUUACAGGUCAUGUGAAAUCUGUUACAUCGUACCAGCUGUUUAUUCUGGAAGUACCAAAGGUCAUUAGUGAUAUUCUUGAACUGCAUUUAGGAAAACUUAUUGAUGGAGAUUCCUUUCGUCUUAUUGUAGAAAUGUUGAAAAUGUUUCCACCAGAAACAUUUAAGAGAAUGCCACAGUUGCAACACAAACAUCCAGUCCAGGAAUUGCUUACUUUUAGCAAUUCUGAGAAACCAUCAGACUUUUGGCCAGUUCCAGAUCUCUUUCCACAUCUACCAACUGGUAGUAAAGUAAAUGUAAAAAUAACUGUUGCAAUAAGCCUGAGUAAAUUUUACUGUCAGAUACAGGAACGGCAGAAAGAGCUGGAAAACUUGACAGAAGCUAUGCGUUUAUACUAUGAAGCAAUCAGUACAGAGAAUAAUACCUCUUUUUAUAGUUUAGGGCUACUUUGUGCUGCUAAAAGGCAAAAUGGACAAUGGCAUAGAGGAGUGAUAAAACAGCUUCUGUCCGACCACAUGGAAGUCUGGUUUAUGGAUUUUGGUAAUAUCGAAGCUGUGCCAUCUAGCUGUGUUCAGAAACUUAAAGCAGAGUUCAUGUCGCUGCCUAUGAUUUCAUUUCCAUGUGCACUGUCUUGUGUUGGGAAUCAGGAUGAAGCGGUAAUAAAUCUUCAGCUGAAAAAAUUUAUACAGGCCUUGACAGGACAGACUUCUGUGUGUGUCUGUGUUGAUUUAUUCAAUGCCAGUAAACACUUGUAUUAUAUUACGCUGCAAAGUCAAAAUUUUGGAAUUAAUGCUAAGCAUCAAGAGAACUUGAAUGAGGCGGCUGCAUCAUUUGUCCCGCCUUUGGAAACAAAAAUCUCUAGCGUUGGUGUAAGCUACAAAGCAUGUGCCUGGAAUUCAUCUAAAAAUCACACUGGAAAUAAACAGACAAAGAACUGCUUACCUGAAAGUGAUAGGUCUUUAUCAAGUCACUGCAAAAGAGUAAAAAUGCAGAUGAAUGCUUCUUACACUGCUUUUGUAGUAUAUGUCAUAAAUCCGUCCAACUUCUGGAUUCAGACAUGUGCAUAUCAGAAAGAAUUUCGAGCCCUGAUGAAAAAUAUUGCAGAUGCAUAUAACCACUGUGGAGCUGAUGACUGGGUCCUUCAAAACCCAGAACCUGGAUCGCUGUGCUGUGCCCGGUAUAGCAAAGAUAUGCAUUAUUAUCGGGGUGUUGUCACUGAAGUGCUUCAUGUAAGUGUUACUGUCUACUUUUUAGAUUUUGGGAAUACAGAUACAGUACCCUGUUAUGAUGUAAAAACAUUGCUUCCAGAGUUUGCUGCUUUGCCGGCUUUAGCUAUGUGUUGUGAACUUGCUUGCACUUUUCCUGUUGAAGAUGUGUGGGUUAAAAAGGAAACUGAUUUUUUCAAACAGAUUGUAUUUAACAAACUGCUGCUGUUUCAGGUCAUUGGAAAGCAAAACAACAAAUACAUUGUUAACGUACAGUACAGAAAUGCUUUGCAGGAAAGUAAUGUUGCCACACUUAUGGCUCAAGCUGGAUAUGCAGAAUACUGGGAAAGAAGACCAGUUUCUGCUCUAAAUCUGUCAAAAAAAUGUCAAGCCCAGAAUCCCCUCCAGUUAAAGCAAAAAUACAUAAAUGCACGGUGCACCUCUGAUAUUUAUAAAAAUAAUGUAUCACAAAAUAGACAGGUAUUUCAAAAGGAAAAAGUAUCAAGCACAAGUUCUAGGCUGAGAAAAUCAGUGACACUGUCCUCUUUUGGAAAAGAUGCUCUCUCUGAAGAUCAUAAGGUCAGGUCUCAGUCAUUUUCCCAGGUCCCAGUACCUGAGGAAAAAAAAUCUUAUAAAGAGCUUAUGUUUAAACCAGGAACUGUUUUUGAAGUGGUAUGUUCUUACAGUGUUUCCCCAGCAGAGUUUUCAUGCCAGUUGCAGAGUAAACUGCCAGAGCUAAAUACCUUAAUGAAGCAAAUCCAGACUUACUAUAAAGAGCAUACCAUUCCUUACAAAACCGGACAGGCUGCCUGUGUUGUUAAACGCCCCAAAGAUGGGAAAUGGUACAGAGCAAGUGUUUUGCAGCAAGUGUCCACAAAUGAAGUUGAUGUGCUUUUUGUAGACUAUGGUUAUCGGGAAAGAGUUCUACUUAAUGAUCUUCAAGCUGUCCUUCCAGAUUUCCUAACUCUGGAAAGUCAAGCCUUUCAGUGCAUGCUUAAAAAUGUACCGGUACAGAUUGUUGCACUUAAUUGGCCUGAAGAAAUGUGUAGACAUUUUAAUGACUUAAUUUCUGCUGCUAGAGGACCACUGACUUGCACUGUCUAUGCUCUAAUUCUUUCAAGUCCAAACUGUUUAUGCAAUAUAGUUGGCUUACAGACUCCGUUUAUUAGUGCGGAACAGUUUCUCAGGGAAUCUGGACUCAACCAGUCUGAAUAUAUUGGAUUGCAAAGACUUGCACCUUUGGGUUCCAUGUACAGUUUUUAUUACUCAUCUUUUAAUAUAGAAAUUGGAAGUGAGGAGGAGGUUUAUAUAACUCACAUACAUAGCCCUUCAAAAUUCUAUUGCCAGCUUAAUCGAAACAGUGAAAUUAUAGAGGCACUGAUGCAAAAUGUUACUGAAAUAAGUAAGAUGGCAAAUCAUGCAAAAUAUGAUACCAUCAGUACACGAUUAUGUAUAGCCAGGUAUUUUGAAGAUGGUUUGUUUUAUAGAGCUUUAGUUUUUCCUGUGGAAUCAACAUCCUAUCUGUGUGCUGACUUUGUGGAUUUUGGAAAUAAGCAUAUGGUAGAGAGAGAUCAAUUGAUGCCUAUUCCAGACUCUGCCACUGACUUGAUAUUCACACCCAUGCAAGCCAUUAAAUGCUGUCUGUCAGAUCUUAAGGAUGCAAAAUUUCCAGCAAGGGUUAUUCGGUGGUUUGAGGAAACUUUCCUUGGUAGGCUGCUGAAAGCUGUAAUUGUAUCCAGAGAAUCAGAUGGCCAGAUUGUUGUGGAGUUGUAUGAUGGACAGCUCCAAGUAGGUCAGAAAGUUAAAGAAAAAAUAUUGGAAGAAUUGGCGUAUGUGACAAAUUAUACAGAACAAUUUGUUGGAAGUUACGGAGUGAUACACCACAUAGAUACCAAAAACAAUGGUGAGGUAAAUGUUGAAAGUCCUGAAAGGAUUCAAUUGAAAAAUGAACUGGAAUUUCAAGUAGACAAUAAAUAUUACCAGGCAGAUAAUGGACAGAAUUUUGGAGAUGAAGAGCAAAUUACAUGUAGAACACAAAACCAGUGUUGUGGGUCCUCAAAGUUGGUAACCUCAGAGGGCAGUGAAGAAACAGGUUUUCUAAAAACUUACAGUGCUGCUAUGGAGCACAGAGAGAAACCUCUGGAUGGAAAGUCUGCUUCUCAAUCACUGUGUCAUCCUUCCUUAAGUUUAAAGGAAAUAACUGUAAAUGCUCUCUCUGAAUCUUGUACUGAACAACUAAAUUAUACAGGUCAGCAGGAAAGGGAUAAUGAAAAUACUCCAAAAUUAAUCAGUCUUCCUCAACGUGAUAUUCAGGUGAAUUCUGAAGUAGCAGGGUAUAUUUCUCAUAUAAAUAGUCCAUUGAGUUUCUAUAUUCAGUUUGCAGAGGAUGAAAACUUAAUAAUUCAACUAGCAGAAGAAUUAAAUGAAAGCAUGGUGAAUAUAGGUCAUGAAAAUGGCUUAGGUGAGCUCAUGGUAGGGGAUCUCAUUUUAGCAGAGUAUGCCAUUGACUGUUUUUACUAUAGGGCAGUUAUUAAAACUCUGAAAUCAGGAAACUCCUUUGAGGUAGAGUUCAUUGACUAUGGCAAUACAGCAGUUGUAAGCCUUUCCAAAAUCUGCAGGAUUCAUAAAAAGUUGUUAACUUUGCCGAGGCUCAGUAUUCAUUGUUUCCUUAGCACUGUGAAAAGUGCUUCUGAUGAAAGCUGGACUAACAAAAGUACUUCCUAUUUUGUAAACAAAAUAAAUAAUAAAUUAGUCACUUGCAAAUUCUUAGAGCAAGAUGGAGAGCAAUGGAAAGUAGAUAUAAUUUGUGAUGGAAAGUCUAUCUCUGAUGGCUUUCAGCAGAAAAGUGGCAGGACAAGUUUGCAAAACAAACAUAUUUGGGAACAUAUGCCAAAACAACUUCUGGUAACAAAUGAUAACCCUCAAGAUAGAAAGUUCGUGAGUGACUUAGGUGGUCAAAGAAAAAAUCUGACGGCUAAGAUGGAAAGUAAUUCUAAAAUGUGCUUGAACAUCCCUCCUCAAGAUCUAAAUACUGAACAAGUAGAAAGAGCAGAAAUAAUUAAUGCUUCAGCAGAUGGAGAAUUUCAUGUACAGUUACUUAAAAAUCUGCAAAUAUUAAAUGAUUUAAAUGUCAUGCUUUUCAAAGAAGCACAAAGAAGUAGUUUACUUACGGCGGAUAACAUUGAAGAAGGGUUGGAGUGCAUGGUAAAAUCUGAAAGGAACUUAAAGUGGUAUCGCUCCAAAGUGAUAAAGAUGUUUAUCAGGGAGAGGUUAAUGCUAGUUUUUUUUAUAGAUUAUGGCAACUAUGAGAUGGUGUCCUUAAAUAAUGCAAAGAUUCUCAGUGAUGAGAUUAAAAGCGUUCCUAAACAAGCUGUGCUUUGUGAAUGGGUUUGGUUAAAAAAAAUGAAUAAAGUUCCAUUUGUCCAUGUAGUAAAUGCACUACUAGAUGGUGAAAUAAAGAUCUUGUUUCUGAGAUACUUGGAAUCUUCUCAUAUCUGGGAAGUAGAUAUCUUAGUAGGGAAAGUUCUGCUUCAGGAAUAUUUGAAUCAGCUCUUAACUGUUGUUGGACUGGAAAAAUCUAGUAAUACAGACUGUAUGGGGUUUCAGGAGUCAUUCAGGAUAAAUUCAAUCACAUGGACACUGCUGCAGAGUGGCAGAAGGUAUCAUGGGUUUGCAACUGCAGUUACUGAUCCUUCAAACUUCAGCAUCCAAUUUGAAGACUUAUUUGAUUCCAUGAAAAACUUGUCUUUGCUGCUCUCUGAUGUUCCUGAUGACUUGCCAGCUUUGCCAAAAGAACUUGUGUCUCCUGGUAACAGCUGCUUGAUCCAGUUUGGACUAGAAUCACAGUGGAAUAGAGUACAAAUUAGUGAAGUGACAAGUCAGUCUGUUGUUCUUACAUUUAUUGAUUAUGGCUUUCUGAAAAGCAUCCCCUGCUCGGAAAUCCAUAGACUUAAAGUUAUUCCAGAAAGUCUGUCUUAUUUACCACACUUGGCUUACUCUUGCUCUUUACAUGGUAUAGUUCCUGCCACAGGGGAAUACUGGAGUGAGGAAGCCAAGCUUCUAUUUCAAAAGCUUCUUAGUAAACCAGAUCUCAUAUUCCAUUUUAAGCACUAUGGCUCUGGAAUGAGGUUAGAGGUUGAUGUUCUGUAUGAGGAGAGUAAUCUAGGUUGUGCCUUAGUUGCUGCUGGCUAUGCAGUCUACUCUGCAGGUAGGUGCUGUCCCAUUCCAGUUGAUGGAGUUGAAUCAGCCAAAACAUGCUUGCAGUCUAAUUAUCCAAAUUCUAAUUGCUGUGGUUUCCUUUGUGAACCAGAUUAUAACUAAGCAGAAAAAAAAAAACACACCUUUUUUCCUUCUGGUAGACAUAAAGCAAAGAAAUGAAACAAAAGUAUCUGAAGGAUAGGACUACUUGUGAGAAAAGUUCCACAAAAGAUGUCAGGAAAGACGGUGCUGAUACAUUCCUAAUAAAGGAUCUGAGUUCCUGUAACACUGGGGGGGGGGGGAGGACUAUGAAGUCUUUCAGUGCUGUGAUGAUACAAAAAGCGAAAAUUGAUUUCACACAGAGUAAAUCUACUAUAAGAAGUACUGAUUGAGACUUGUCAUUCUGAUGAACCCCAGUCUCUAAAGACAGUGUUAAGAUACCAUCAAGACAUUUAUUUGAAUAAUAAUUAAGCUGCAGAUUAAGAAAAAGUACUACUUUACUGCAUGAAAAAGCUCACUCAACUCACAUUGAGUGAUAACUGCAUAUUUACUUCAUGGGGUUAUGUUCUUUGUAGUGCCAAGUAGUACUUAGUUUAAGUGCCUCUGCAUAAAAGUUUUAAGGGUUAAUUAAUUGUGAUUCUAACUUCUGGCUAUCAUUCAGUUCUAACAGCACAUCUUGGGUGUCUGUU